UCGCUAACGACGCACACGGAGCGAAUCGCGUCUGGAUACGGGUCCAUUUCUAGCGGUGAUCGAGCUUCCAGGUCCAGUUGAGAAGGUGGAACUAAUGCAGCCGCGCUCCUCGGGGAGUUUCUGACAGAGCCGUUUGUGGGUGAAAUCAUUAGAAAUAACUUUCGCCGCGGGGACGCGCUGAUUCACAUCCCCGCGCCGGCCGAGGUUUAUUGGAAAUUUCGGAAGUGGGUGAUGUCAGGAGUCCGUCUCGCACACUUGACAGGCGAGCAAAUUCAAUUGGACUGACUCCGCCUCGCUCAUGCGGGACUUGGUCCGCGGACUCCCCACACCAGUCUGUCUGACGCAGCCUGCUGGUCUCUCCUCCCACGGUCACUCAGCCACCAGUGGAUCCAGCCAGGGCUGUUCACCCGCUGCGGAGUGCGUGUGGCGGCAGAGCAACAUGUCCCCAGAGUGGAGACGGGAAAGACGCACCGGGGACUCGACGUGGACCGUGUUUGGACGGGUCCGAGAGGUGUGGGUCUGCUGCUGGAUUCUGCUGAUGGCCAUGCCCGGUGCUGACGCUCAAGUGGAGGACGUCCCGCCUUACUUCAACAUGGAGCCUCCUCAGACUCAGGUUCAUCUGGAGAGAAACCGCCUGGUCCUUACCUGCAUGGCGGAGGGCAGCUGGCCUCUGGAAUUCAAAUGGAUCUACAACGGAACUGAGCUCACUCGCUUCUCCCUGGAAUACAGGUACCUCAUCCCCACACUGGACCGAUCCCAUGCCGGUCACUAUCGCUGCAUCGUCAGAAACCGAGUGGGCGCCAUCAUGCAGUGCAGCACCGAGGUUCAGGUCGCAUACAUGAGUGGUUUCGUGGAAGGGGAGCGCUCUCAAACAGUGUCUCAAGGCGAGGGCGCUCUCAUCCCGGCCCCCCGCAUCCUCAGCUUCCCAAAGCCACAGAUCACCUGGUUCAGAGACGGGCGAAAGAUUCCUUCCAGCAGCCGCAUCGCCAUCACCUUGGAUUACACCCUAGUCAUCCUGUCCACCGUGGCGCCGGACGCUGGACGCUACUACGCGCAGGCUGUUAAUGAUAAGAACGGAGAGAACAAGACCAGCCAGCCGGUGAUACUCACAGUGGAGAACGUCGGAGGACCCGCAGACCCCGUCGCCCCAUCGAUUAUCGUUUCACCGAAAAACACCAGUGUAACUGUGGGCAGAAACGAGGCCGUGAUGGAGUGUGUCGCCAACGCGAGGCCGCUCGUGAAAAUGAGUAUCACAUGGAGGAAAGAUGGAGUUGUUGUCAACACGGGAAUCCGGGAUUUCGGCCGCAGAUUGGUGAUCAGCUUGCCAGCAGUCAGCGACAGUGGUUACUAUGAGUGUGAGGCGUCGCUGCGCAGCAGCAGCGUCCCCUCGGUCACCGCGGGCGCCUUCCUUCAUGUCCUGGAGCAUCCCGUGUUUGUAAAAGAGCCACCAAGUCACAUCACUGCAGAGAUGGAGAAGGUGGUGGACAUCCCCUGUCAGGCACGAGGAACGCCGCAGCCAGACAUCGUGUGGUAUAAAGACGCGGUGCCCAUCAGCCCGGUGAAAAUCCCCCGCUACAAAGUUUUGGUGGGAGGCAGCCUCCAGAUCAACGGUCUCCUGCCAGACGACACCGGGAUGUUCCAGUGCUUUGCCCGAAAUCUCGCCGGAGAGAUCCAGACAAACACCUACCUGGCUGUUACCAGUAUCGCUCCUAAUAUCACCGCCGGCCCCACUGACAGCGCAGUAAUUGACGGCAUGUCAGUCAUCCUUCACUGCGAGACCUCAGGAGCCCCCAGGCCAGCCAUCACCUGGCAGAAAGGUGAGCGUGUUCUGGCCAGCGGUUCUGUCCAGCAGCCCAGAUUCACCCUGCUGGAGUCCGGCAGCCUGCUGAUCAGCCCCUCCCACCUGUCUGACGCCGGCACCUACACGUGCAUGGCCAGCAACUCCCGCGGCAUCGACGAGGCCUCGGCCGACCUGGUCGUCUGGGCUCGCACACGCAUCACCAAGCCGCCACAAGACCAGAGCGUCAUCAAAGGGACUAAGGCGGUCAUGACAUGCGGCGUGACUCACGACCCCAGCGUCACCAUCAGGCACGUGUGGGAGAAGAGCGGCUCCCUGAUAGACGUGAACGCGUCACCGCGCCUCAGGCAGGAUCCCGACGGGACCCUGCACAUCUCCCAGACCUGGUCCGGCGAUAUCGGGACAUACACCUGCAGGGUGACCUCCGUGGGUGGCAACGACUCCCGCAGCGCCCACUUACGAGUCAGGCAGCUUCCUCAUGCCCCUGAGAACCCUGUGGCUCUCUUGAGCGCCGCAGAGAAAAGGGCCAUUAACCUGACGUGGGCCCAGGCCUUCGAUGGAAACAGCCCGCUGAUCCGCUACAUCAUGGAGGUGUCGGAGAACAACGCUCCGUGGACGGUGCUGCUGGCGAACAUUGAACCCGAAUCCACGGGCGUAACCGUCAGUGGCCUCAUCCCGGCACGCUCCUAUCAGUUCCGCCUUUGUGCUGUCAACGAUGUUGGAAGAGGACAGUUCAGCAAAGAGACUGACCGACUUACGCUCCCCGAAGAGCCGCCCAGCGCCCCGCCUCAGACAGUGAUCGCAAGCGGUCGCACCAACCAGUCCAUCAUGAUCCAAUGGCAGCAGCCUCCGGAGAGCCAUCAGAACGGCCCACUCCAGGGCUACAUCAUCAGGUACUGUCUCUCUGGGCUUCCAGUGGACUGUCAAAUGAAAAACAUCACCAACCCUGACCAAACAAGUUUGAUCCUCGAGGACCUCAUCAUCUGGACAAACUAUGAGAUUGAAGUGGCGGCGUAUAACGGCGCGGGCAGGGGUGUCUACAGCCGCAAGGUGACGGAGUGGACACUGCAAGGAGUACCAACAGUGCCGCCUGGAAAUGUGAAAGCUGAACCUGUCAACUCCACCACAGUGCGCUACACAUGGAGCGCCCCCAGCCCCCAGUUCAUCAAUGGCAUCAACCAGGGGUACAAGCUGCUGGCGUGGGAGCCCACUCAUGCAAGUGAAGUCACCACCGUCAUGGUGCGGCCCAACUUCCAGGACAGCGUUCACGUGGGCUACAUCUCCGGCCUGAAAAAGUUCACCGACUACUACACGUCGGUGUUGUGCUUCACCACCCCCGGAGACGGGCCGCGCAGCCCGCCCCAGCGUUUACGCACCCAUGAGGACACCCCCGGUGCGGUGGGACACCUCAGUUUCACUGACAUCUUGGACACCUCGCUGAAAGUCAGCUGGAAGGAGCCGCAGGAGAAAAACGGUCUUCUGACAGGCUACCGUAUUUCAUGGGAGGAAUUUAACAGGACCAAUACUCGGGUGACCCAUUAUUUGCCCAACUUGACCCAGGAGUACAAGGUGACGGGGCUCACCGCGCUCACAACUUACACCAUACAGGUGGCGGCCAUGACAUCGAAAGGCCAGGGUCAACUCUCGUCCUCCACCAUCUCCUCCGGGGUCCCACCAGAGCUGCCGGGUCCACCGACCAAUUUAGCCAUCUCCAACAUCGGCCCGCGCUCGGUUAAUCUGCAGUUCAAACCUGGUUACGACGGCAAGACUUCCAUUUCCCGGUGGCUGGUGGAAGCUCAGAUCGGUAUAAUAGGUGAAAAUGAAGAGUGGCUGACGGUUCAUCAGCUGGCUAAUGAACCAGACGUGAGAUCAAUCGAGGUUCUGGACCUGAAUCCCUACACUUUUUACAGGUUGCGAAUGCGGCAGGUAAAUAUAGUUGGCACCAGUCCACCCAGUCAGCCUUCGAGGAAGAUCCAGACCCUGCAGGCGCCUCCAGACAUCUCCCCUGCCAACGUGACGCUGCGUACGGCCAGUGAGACCAGUCUGUGGCUCCGCUGGGUGCCUCUGCCGGAGUGGGAGUACAACGGGAAUCCAGAUCUGGUGGGCUAUCGGAUCCAGUACUCCAAAGCCGGCUCCAAAGGAGGAGUGCUUUCACAUGUAAUCAUGGACCGCCUGGAGAGAGAAUUCACCAUCGAGGACCUGGAGGAGUGGACCGCCUAUGAGGUCAGAGUUCAGGCCAUCAACGGGAUUGGCUCUGGGCCUUGGAGCCAGCCGGUCCACGGCAGGACCAGAGAGUCUGUGCCCUCCAGCGGGCCCACCAACGUCUCAGCCUUUGCUACCACAUCCAGCAGGAUCCUUGUUCGAUGGGCUGAAGUCCCAGAGGCUGACCGCAAUGGACUGAUCCUGGGAUACAAGGUUGUUUAUAAAGAGAAGGACGCAGAUGCCACUCCAAACUUCUGGACAGUCGAAGGCAACACCAGUCACAGCGUCCUGCUCAGCGGUCUGGGCAAAUACGUCCUCUAUGAGAUCCGGGUCUUGGCUUUCACACGUAUCGGAGACGGAAGAGGAAGCAAGCCAGCCAUCUUGGAAAGAACCCUGGAUGAUGUACCGGGUCCUCCAGUUGGAAUUCUGUUCCCUGAGGUUCGAACUACCUCUGUCAGGUUGAUUUGGCAGCCGCCCGCGCAGCCCAAUGGCAUCAUCUUGGCCUAUCAGAUCACGUUCAGGAAGAACUCGUCGACCGGCAACGCCGCCACCGUUGACGUGCUGAGCCCCAGCGCUCGCCAGUACACGGCAACCGGACUGAAGCCAGAGACGGUUUAUGUCUUCCGCCUCACGGCUCAGACGAGGAAGGGGUGGGGGGAAGCGGCCGAGGCGCUGGUCGUCACCACAGAAAAGCGAGCGCGACCGCAGCCCACCAGUCGCCCCGUGGUGCCUCAAGAGGAAGUCCAGGCUCGGCGAGUGCUGUUGUCAUGGGAACCAGGCAGCGACGGCCUGUCGCCCGUGCGUUACUACACGGUCCAGUACCGAGAGCUCCCAGACAGCAACUGGACCGUCCACUCCGCGUCCGUCCGCCACGAAACACACUCCUACACAGUGGACAGAUUAAAGCCCUUUACUUCCUACCAGUUCCGCGUGAAAGCCACUAAUGACAUCGGCGACAGCGAGUACAGUCAGCAGAGUGAAGCCAUCACGACUCUGCAGGACGCUCCGGACAAAGCCCCGACAAUUCUCUCUGUGACACCGCACACUACUACAUCUGUGCUGGUCCGCUGGCAGCCUCCGUCUGAAGAGCACAUCAAUGGUGUCCUGCUAGGGUUCCGGGUCCGAUACCGGGAGUUGAACUACGACCGCGUUCGCAGUUUCAGCGUCCGCACAGUGAACAGUCCCUCCAACAACUGGGCGGACCUCACAGCUCCGUACAGCGUCAGGAACUUGAGCGAGUCCUCACUCACCCAAUAUGAACUGGACAACCUGAGUAAACACAAGCGCUAUGAGAUCCGGCUCAGUGUGUACAAUGCGGUGGGAGAAGGUCCCAGUAGUGCACCACAGGAAGUGUUUGUGGGAGAAGCAGUGCCAACGGCUCCACCUCAGAAUGUGGCGGUUCAGUCCUCCACGGCGACGCAGCUGGACGUCACGUGGGAUCCUCCACCUCUGGACGCGCAGAAUGGAGACAUCCAAGGCUACAAGAUCUAUUUCUGGGAAUUUCAGCUGCAGAAUGAGACCGAGCGACUGCGGACGCUCUUCCUGCCGGAGCUGGGGGUGAAGCUGAAAAACCUCACCGGUUACACCACCUACAUGAUCAGCGUGGCUGCCUUCAAUGCUGCUGGGGACGGACCCCGAUCCCUGCCCACCAGAGGGCGCACUCAGCAAGCAGCUCCCAGUGCUCCCAGCUUCAUCCACUUCAGCGAGCUGACCACGACUUCAGUCAACGUGUCCUGGGGAGAGCCCAAGCAAGCCAACGGCAUCAUCGAGGGAUACCGCCUGGUUUAUGAGCCCUGCACUCCCGUCGAUGACUCCUCUCCUCGCACUCCAGGUGUCAGUAAGAUAGUGACAGUAGAUGUGAAAGGCAGCGCCCCCUUGUGGAUGAAGAUCAAAGACUUGGCGGACGGCGUCACCUAUAAUUUCCGCAUUCGGGCCAGAACCCUCACGUACGGGCCCGAGGUGGAGGCUAACAUCACCACUGGUCCUGGAGAAGGAGCCCCAGGCCCACCUGGAGAGCCCUUCAUCUCUCGCUAUGGCGGUGCUCUAACGCUGCACUGGACCAGCGGUGACCAGGGCCGCGCACCCAUCACCAGAUAUGUCAUCGAAGCCAGACCGUCAGAUGAAGGCCUGUGGGACAUCCUCAUCAAAGACAUCCCGAAAGAAGUGACAUCCUAUACGCUCAACCUCGACAUGCUGCGAGAAGGGGUCACCUACGAUUUCCGAGUAAUUGCGGUCAACGACUAUGGCUACGGCUCUCCCAGCGCCCCCUCGCCCUCCAUCUCAGCCCAGAAAGUGUCGCCCUUUUACGAAGAAUGGUGGUUCCUGGUGGUGAUCGCCCUCGUGGGUCUCAUCUUCAUCCUGCUCCUGGUUUUUAUCCUCAUCAUCCGAGGUCAGAGUAAAAAAUACACCAAAAAAGCAGACUCAGGCUCCCACUCCAACUGCACAUCGCUGCCUCUGACCCACGGGGAGAUGGUGCGUCUGGACGAAGGACGCUUCCCGUCACUGGAACUCAACAACAGACGCCUCUCCGUGAAGAACUCCUUCUGCCGCAAGAACGGCAUCUACACGCGCUCUCCACCAAGACCCAGUCCUGGAAGUCUGCACUACUCAGAUGAGGAUAUCAGCACAAAGUAUAAUGACCUGAUACCAGCAGAGAGCAGCAGCCUGACGGAAAAACCCUCGGAGAUAUCCGACUCGCAGGAACAGCGGAGAGCCAAUCUGGAACCAAUCCGAGCUUGGACAGGUUGCCAGUCCACCACAGGGCUGACACUGAAUGACAGUCAGCCGUUCACACACACAUUCACGCCAGUGGAAAAUGGCAGCGACAGCGAGUACGAGGUGGACCAGAGCCGACCCAAGACGCACUCCUUCGUCAGCCACUACAUCAGCGACCCCACCUAUUACAACUCCUGGCGGCGGCAGCAGAAGGGGGUCAGCCGUCCUCCAGCCUACGGUUACUCCCAGCCCGAGCCGCUGGUGGAGCAGGAGUCGAGGCCGCACCCGCCACCCGUGCCCCCUUUGCCUCCGCUUCCUCCCCUCCACCCCCAGAGUGCCGCGUCCCCACAGCCGCAGGGCCAGGGCACUCUCUUCAGGCCCAAGGGAAGCCGGACUCCCACCCCAUCUCUGCUGGCCUCUGAACCCCCAAGCCAGCACGGCACCCUGUACAGACCCCCCAGCAGCCUGGGCUGUGCCGCUCAGGCACCUACCGCUGGCUUCUCCUCUUUCGUUUGACACACACCUCCCCUGCCAGUAACAAAGGAACCCUUUUGAUUUCUGUUGUUUCCUUGCUACUUUGCUUUUGCCAUUUUUUUCUGUCACACUGACAGUUUUUUUUUUUCAAUAUUUAGCGAUGGAGGCGUCUUCAUUACAGCUUAUUAGCGUGUGCGUGUGUACGGCUGUGUGCGGUGCGUAUGACUGGAUAAUCAAUGUGAUCUGUAUUUUACUGAAAAGACAAUCAUUUGGACUUUAAAACGCAUUGCUUGAAUACAUAUUAUUUGGUGGAAUAAGUACGCAAACAAGGGACAACGAGAAAAAAAAGACAACCUUGUUCUCUUUCUUUAGAGCUUUAUGAAAGUCUCGUCCGACCCACCAAGAGAGCGGACCACUUUAAACUGUUCAGACUGAUGGUGGAUGAUGGGAAAAAGCCUCUCUGGUGGAAUAAUGUCACGUCGGAAAAAAAGACAAAUAGAGAGAAAUGGACUCUGACCCAGAGCGAGGCACCCGCGGUCACUGUGGCCCCUCAACUGCCUUCCACUUUCUCACUCUGCUUAUUCAUCGUUGGGACUGCAUCAUGUGUUUACUGUACGUACUUGUCGCAUAUUGUUUACCAGAUAUUUAUACCAAUCAGCUUGAAAGUCUCCAGAAGAUCACUGCUGACGGACGUUAUCAACCACUUAAAAAGCAUUGUGCCACUUUUGAUAGUCGUUUGGGGAAUGUGUUGACUGUGUGCGGUACGCUAGAACUAUCUGAAAGUGCAUCCGUUUUGUGCAUUCUGUAACACACAACACAACAAAAGCACAACUAUAGCUACUGUUGCAUCACUUUAUUCGCGGAAGAAACCUGUCAACAACCAGGCUGCUGUCGGAUUUAAAAAAAAAAUGUAAAGUGAAAAAUGACGUGUUUCAAAUUGUGCAGGUUGCAUCACAAAAAACUGUUUACAUGUGUUCAACACAACGAACUGCAGUGAAACUGUACAAUGAUAUCAUGACAUGUGGAUGCUGAUGAGGCAUAGAGAUGUUUUCUACACUUUGGAUCAUGACGUUUCUUUACGAGGAGCUGAGAUGGGACGACGACGACGUCCUGUAGCAUCCCUGCUGUACAGACACAUUUGUCAACUCUUCAAUGUGAUCAUCACUGUGUACAUGACGAAGAAAAUUAUGGAUCUACUCAUGAUAGCGCUCUUGAAUAAAUUAUUCUAUUUUGUAAUGCGUUUGCUUGACUGGUUACAUCACUGUCGCACCAAAAAAACCUUAAAUUUUAAAUUCAAUUUUCUGGCAAUAAUGAGUGAAGGAAUGGAUUAGUCAGUUUUGGUGGUUUUCUGAAGUUCUAUGGGGAUUUAGCAGGGUUUUAGCUGAAUGCUAAUGCUAGUCAAACACACAGAACUACCUACAAAUUGGUGGAAUUUCACUAAAUAUAACAAAGCAUAUUAAACUUUCAUGUGCUUGCAGUGGCAAAAUGUGCUGGAUAAGAUCACUGGAGUCUGGAAUACUGCCUUGAGAAUGUUGCUGGCUGCCUAUGCGCCUUUCCCACCGUGUUCCAUCAAGUCAGGGAAGUUGCUUGAUUUCAUUCUUGAGUUGUUUUACUGACUUGUUUGUUGUGUUUUUAUAAAGUCAUGUGAAAUCAGCUCCUUUGUGGAGGUUUGUCACCAUGG